GUUAGUAAAGCUAAAGUCCAAGACAACCUUGUCCUUGGUGGCUGGUGCUCUCUUUGGGCUAAAAUCUAGCUCCUAAAGCCCCAAAACCAUACACAUUGAGACUCCAAUUGCUUCUCACAAAAGCCAUCCUCAAUCUGGGCUGUGCUUCUUCUGGUUUCAUUCACAGUCUAAUUCUAGUAUAGCCAUGAAACCAACUUUUCCAUCUAGUCUUGGCCUCUGAGUCCAGAAAAGUUGUUGGACACUAGCUUUAUAGUUGCUGCUCUUACAAUGGAUGUCAAGGUGGCAGCGCAAUCAGUAACUCUUGCCAAAAAACCAUUUGUUGAACGCUUGAAUGCCAUUAACUUCCAGUCCCCGGUAAAGAGAGAAUGUCUUAUAUAUAUCAGAAUAAGAAAUUUCAUACUUGACGAAGUUUUUUUUUUUCUUAAGGAAUUUUUCAGAAGGUUGAUGAAAUAAUUGUUGUGAUCCUUAACAUACAUGAUUCCUAAAUUAUUGCUAACUGUAUUUGGUCCACAGUAGCACAGCCUAGUUCCUAAACUCAGUAGCCAGAAUUAGGUGUGCCUCAGACAAAACCAGCAUGUGAUUGACCUCCCUUCACCUGUUGCUGUAUCGGAAUCCAUCAGUUUGGAGAAAUGCAAUUUCAUCCUCAGCUGGGAAGAGAGAAGUGAAAAAACCUAUAAAGUGUUUGGUAGGGGACCCGAAACUGAAUGUGCAGCACCAGGCAUGUGGGGCAUUGUGAAAUCAAGUUGAAAAGGCACGGAAUAUCAUCAUUUGUGAAACAUGGAAUCAUGGGAAAGAACACAGCACUUAGUAGACAUAUGGGCCUUGAUUAAUGCUAAAAUCAUCAUUACUCUCUCUUAACCCUUGAUUUGGCUGAGCAAAAGAUGAGGCCCCAGAUGAGGUGUUCUCACAAAUCUUCAUGUUCCAGCGAUAUAUUGGCUACUGGCCACAGGAGUGUAUAUAAAAUGGUACAAGUGAUUCACAGACUAAACUUUAGCCAAUGUUUUCAGGCCCUCAGUUUCUUUUAGUAAAGUUGAAUUUUGGAGAUCAUUAUGCAUAACAAAUCCUGAUUAUGUUUGUCUAAUCCAAAAAAAAAAAAUUCUGAUUUGUAAUUCUGUUAGUUGUUAUGAUGUAAGAGGAACACACCUGCUUUCAUGCUGAACUUUUUUCUAGUGAGCCCCCAUCUAUUCUUUACCUUUUAUAACCCAAACUUUGUAAGCUCUUUUUAUCUUUUCAGUAAUCAAAGAGAGGGAAAGGUAAACCAACUCAGACAAAUCUCAGAGAGGGAAAGAAAAAUGGGUAAUUACAGGUUUAGAUUAUCAGAUAUGAUACCAAACGCCUGGUUUUACAAGCUCAAGGACAUGAGCAAAAGCAGAAAGCAUUACACCUCUCGAGCUUCCAAGAAAAAACCACCUCCAGGAACUGUAACAUCGCAAAAACCCAACAUUUCUCAUCAAAGAUACUCUUAUUACUUCACCACAGAACCUGAAAGAGCUGAGAAAUUAGAUUACUAUUCACCUGCAAAUCCAAAAGCCUCAGAUACUCACUUCCCUGAUCCACCAAGAAAAUCAUCCAAUAGAAGAAACAAAAGAAAAACCAUUUACAAGCCUUCUCCAAAACUGGUGUCCACAUUCUCUGCUGAUUGUAGCUGUCGCGUUACAGUUAACUCGAACCUGACCGGGUUUAUUCCAGGUGAUUCACCUGACUGCUCUAGCUCUCCUGUUGAGAGCUCUUAUGAUGAGCUUGACUUCCUAUCAGAAUCUGAUGAAGAUGAUGGUUUUCUUGUUCCUGAUUCAAUUGAUCAUCAUUUAGCCUCCUGGUCUAGCUCUUGUAACUGUAAUGUUAGCUCUUCAACCACUGACAUUAUCAUUGAUAUGAAUGAAGAAUCCUAUGAAAGGAAAAUCAAGGAGGUUGAAGGGUUUGGUAGGAUCCCUGAGCUAAACCUUCCUCCUAUACUGACCAAGCCUGAGAAAUUCAACGACAAUGAAGUUACUAAGUUCAGAAGAAGUUCAUCCAAAUUGGAGGAGGUCAAAGCACAUAGGUCUCUCUCUGUCAAGAUUGUCAAGGAGAAAAGCAUUAGGACUUAUAAAGAGAAAAAGAUGAAUCCUCCUACAAGAAAGUCCUCGGUGAAUUCGGCAAAAGGGAUAAAACUCCGAGCAAAUACUCCAAGAAUUGCAAGCAGGAAAAUUCAGGGUUGUUCUCGAAAAAGUGUGUCAUUGUCAACAAACAAGACCCUUUCAGAGAGCUUUGCAGUGGUUAAGUUCUCAGUUGAUCCACAGAGAGACUUCAAGGAUUCAAUGGUGGAGAUGAUUGUGGAGAACAAUAUCCGAGGUUCAAAAGAUUUGGAAGACCUUCUUGCUUGUUACCUUUCUCUCAAUUCAAAAGAAUACCAUUAUAUCAUUGUCAAGGCAUUUGAGCAAAUCUGGUUUGACAUGACUGACCUUCACUUGUAAUUGUAAAGCCUUGUUAGAUUAUCAGAAGCAUGAAUAAUAUGAUCCUGUAAAUGCUAGUGCUUUAAUUAAAAUUUCUAUUCUCUGCUUAGAAUUGUUGGUUUAAUCAUGGAGAAUUGCUUCAAUAUGUAGUUGAUUUUUAAAGAAUUUUUACCAGGAAAAUGUACCUAAAGAAUCUUUGAUUCC